AUGAUUGAAUGCUCUAGCACCACCCCAAAUGGAGCACUGCAUCAUCAAUCUCCCUCUGGUGGAAAUGAUUCAUAUUUUGCUAUACCAUCCUCCAUCGAACUCGGUGAAAAGACACCUUCACCAGCUAUUGUUGAUCCAACGCCUUAUUUCACAGCUCCUCGAUCUCCGUUACUGCAACAUCAGGACUUUUAUAAUGCCAUCCAAAACCGCUUCAACCAUACAACAAGCCCAUUUAGCACUGACGAGGAAAAGAAAACCACUCCACCCAAUUAUCAUGCAUUGCAACAACAACAACCAUCAACACCAUUGGCUAUGCAACAACCUCCUGCUCCAUCUUCACCUAUGACACUGUCUAUGGGUAGUCUCGCUGCUCGUCGCAGGAACAACAUCAAUUCUGCAAGCGGUGCUUUAUCUCCCGGUGGUUUUCUGCAACAACAACAACAAUCGUCGACAUCCCAGCAACCCACACUCCCUGCCAAUGUCCUUGCUCGUGUCAAAGAAUUCACUCAUGACCAACUGGAUCAGCUGUUGACCAGUCGACAACAACUUUUACUCAUUGACAUUCGCUCAUUUGUACAUUAUUCCCAGCUUCAUAUCCAAGACGCUCUAAACGUGUCGAUACCCAACACUAUACUCAAACGCCCAUCAUUCACCCUCGACAAGAUAUCCGACGUCAUUGUUUCUGAAAGUCAGCGUACUUUAUGGAAGGAAUGGCCAAAGUUUGCAAACAUUGUCUUGUACGACCAAUCAUCCGACACCUUGCCUCCCGAGAGUGCCCUUGGUUACCUCUUUGUCAAGUUUCAUCAAGCCGGUUACAAUGGCAACAUGGGUUUCUUGAAAGGUGGUAUCAAUGCUUUUCAAGAAAAGUAUCCCAAUCGCUGUGCCUCAUCACCCGUACAACCACGAUCUGCCAACAAUGAUCAUUUUCCUUCAUCGAUGACAUCCACGACCAAUCUACAAUCUCCUUCAAUCGCAUACGCCAACAAACAACAUCCUUCAGCAUCCUCAUCAUCCAAUACCAACAACUCCACAACAACAACAUCCGCAACAUCAACACGUCGAAAACGGCCUGGUCUUCAUCUCGGGAGUCUUCCUUCUGCAUCCACAGGUGCACCAGGUCCAUUCACAGCACCCACCAUGGCUCUAUCGAAUCAAGCUUUCAACCCGUUCUUUUCCAACAUUCGUCAAAACAUGGAGCUCAGCCAUGGGAGCAUCAAGGAGCGUUUCCCGAUUCGCCUCCCUGCUCAUUGCAAAAUCGACCCUGAGACAGGUCGCAUUGAAGAUAACCACCAUUUACGUGAUUGCAUGGGUGUCACAGCUUCCAAUGUUAUCCCAGGAUGGUUACGAGAAAUGAUUUCCGAUAAUGAAGGUCCACGACGUUUGGCAGAGUUAUAUGAAGUCAUUGAACGCACAGAGCAACGCCGAUUGCAAAAUUUGAUGGCACAUCAUUCGCGAUCCACCAGUGAUUUGUCAGAGCAUCCAUUGAGUAUUGUAUCCGGUAUUGAGAUGGGAGCAUUGAAUCGAUACACCAACAUUUGGCCAUUUGAGUAUACUCGUGUCAAAUUGCAACAAUGCCCAUCUGGAUCAACAGGCUAUAUCAAUGCGAGCUAUAUUGAAUAUGUCGACUGUGACCCCGCAUCGAUUGCAUCACCCAAUGAUCCUGUUGAUGACCUUGUACCCAAGCUUCAAUGCCUCGAUGAACAACGUAAAAAGUCAACCAGUGGACGACAAUAUCGACGUUACAUCUCGACACAAGGACCUCUACCAGCAACAUUUGGAGACUUUUGGACCGUAGUGUGGGAACAAGAGACGCGCGUCAUUGUCAUGUUGACCAAGGAAGAAGAAAUGAAUAGGAUCAAAUGCCAUCGUUAUUGGCCAUCCACCAUGAACGAGCCCACGCAAUAUGGACCCAUCAAAGUGACUCUUGUAUCUCAAAGAAUACAUGAAGCCUCCUCUUUACCCGAUGCUGUACCGGAAGAGAAGACGCAUAUUCGAGAAUUCAAGCUUGAGAGGCAAGAUGGUAGCAGUCGCACUGUGCAACAGAUCCAUUACAUGGGAUGGAUGGAUUUCGGUGUACCAGAUGAUCCCACGGGCACCCUGGCGGUGGUAAAGUUAGCGGAUGAAAUCCAAACGCAAUGGGAGAAGGAAGGGUCACCAUGUGGUCCCAUGAUAGUCCACUGCUCUGCGGGGUGUGGUCGAGCGGGUGCUUUUUGUGCCAUUGAUACGGUCAUUCAUCGUUUGAGAAGACAAGGUGGAUCCAGGAUCAGUGAGAGUGAACAACAAGGCCAUGUGGAUAUCAUGUAUCAAACCGUAGCCAAGUUUAGAGAACAACGUGUCAGCAUGGUGCAAACUCUACGUCAAUUUGUCUUUUGUUAUGAAGCCAUCCUUUGGUAUAUCCUUGGCUAUUCCAGUUAA